AUGCUUUCGAUGAUUUUAUUGCUAUGCCCAUUCAUGGACGUUGUACGUGGAGAUAGAGACGGGUCUGAGGAAGAAUUUUUUUAUCAAGCGUCUAUUAAGAGAGAUGAGAAGAUCGUUUGCGGCGGAACAGUAAUUAACGCAUACCACGUAAUUUCUGUCGCGCAUUGCUUCUAUAACCUUCCUACACACAGCAAACUACCUGUUGAUAACAUAUUUGCGGCCGCUGCAACCCCAGAGGAUAGCGAGGUGGUUUGGGUUCACGCUAAAGUUUUGAUUCAUGAACGUUUCGCCAUAUUAUCCUUAGAUAACGACUUGGAAAAAAAGUUUGCUGUCGAUGAAAAACGUUUUCCACUCAAAAUUAAUCAAGACCCUAUUGGUGAGGAAGACAAGUGUGUCCUUUGUGGAUGGGAAAAGGCGACGCCCCGUGAAAAGCGUAUAAAGAUGGAGGGAUUUAAAUGUGUAGACGAUGUUCCACUGAUAUCGAGGGAGAAAUGCCUUAAAACGCCCGAGUAUAAAUCUAUUGCUCAGCAAAAUUUCUGCGCUGGAGACGGAGGAGAUGCCAAAUUUUGCCACGUAAAAAAUAUUGUCGAAUUGCACAUUGUCUGCUUUAUUUGA